UUAAAUUACAGUGUUUUGUGUGAACCCCAAAAAAUGCUUUCUGUGCAUUGUGCAUGAUUUUUAUACUUGGUCCUAUCCAGAGGUGUUUGCAAAAUCAGGAUCAAGGUAUAUAUUGCUAUUAGCAUAUUAAACAGCAGUAAUUCACCAGCAAAAUGUCUUCAUUAUUACAGGACCAAGUCACCCCCUGGACUUCCUCGUUUCUUUUCUGCUCUUCCACCAACUUAUAUUUAAUUUAUGAAAGCAGCCUAGGGAAGAUCAGUUCUUUUCAGUAUCUUUUUUGUAUCAGUACGGUAGAUUAUAAAUGAUCAUUGCAAAAGAUUUGACUGGGUACUGAGCAGUCUAGUGUAAAUGACUGAAAAGAGACAGCAGAUUACCUCCCCCUGCUGCAGAUUUCAAAGGUCCUGCAUUGGUUUAUGCCAGCUCAAAAUGUAGCUCAUUAUUAUAUCUUCUGCUGGAUCAUAAUCCCACCUGCAGUGCUCUAAACCAAGAGGUUUUCAGCUUCCUGUAAGUACCACCUGCUCCCCCCCUGUCCUUUUUUUUUUUUUUUUUUUCAUUCCCUGAGAAAACUGUCUUUGCUGAUUUUAGUGUGGGGACACCUGAGCAUCUCUACAGUGCUUGCAGGUUCUCUGUGGAGUGCUUCUGUUGAACCCACAAUACCAGUGCAACUCAUGAAGGCCAGGACAGAAUAACAGAAUGGUCAGUGCUGGAAGGGCCUUCUGGAGAUCAUCCAGUCCCACGCCUGCUACAGCAGGUUCCCCUGGAGCAGGUUGCACAGAGUCAUGUCCAGGCGUUUGGAAUGUCUCCAGGGAAGGAGUCUCCACAGCCUCUCUGGGCAGCCUGUCCCAAUGCUCCGUCACCCUCAAAGCAAAGUUUUUCCUCAUAUUCAGAAGGAACUUCUUGUGUUUCAGUUUGUGCCUGUUGCCCCUGGUCCUGUUGCCUGGCACCACUGAAAAGAGCCUGGCCCUAUCCUCUUGCCGCUCACCCUGAAGAUAUUUGUAGACAUUGAUAAAAUCCUUCUCAGUCUUCUCUUCCCCAGGCUGAACAGGCCCAGUGCUCCCAGCCUUUCAUGAUAUGGGCGAUGCUCUAGUCUCCUCAUCAUCUUUGUAGUAGCCCUUGCUUGUUCUUGUGGGACCUGAGCCUCUGCUUGUACCUUAUCUUUAGGAAAUGUCCGGCCACUUGGGAACCUCUGUUCCACACAAGUGUUCACUGGUUUAUUCCAUGCGUUUUCUUUUUAAUGUGUCAGAAAUAAUUUUUAUUUAUCUCUAUUUGCUCAGCAUGGCACACGUAUUACAGACGCUCAACAGCUGGUUCUGGUGGGAGAAUAUCUGGAUGCCUGUUAAUGUCACCUGGGCACAUUUUGUAGACCGUGAUGGACUUGUCUUUCCAAAACCACAUCAAUUAUAUGCCACAAUACCAUACGCUUUUGUACUGCUGAUUAUCCGAUUCUUAAGUGAAAGAUAUGUUGCUAGACCUCUAGCAAAAGCCUUAGGUAUAAAGAAUGUAAGACGUGUGAAGCCACAGCCUAAUCCUGUUUUAGAGAGUUAUUUCCGGGAGUGCUCGAAACAUCCAUCCCAAUCAGAGAUUCAAGGCCUUGCCAAAAAGUGCAACUGUACUGUACGUUUGGUGGAAAAGUGGUUUAGGAGACGGCGAAACCUUGAGAUCCCAACAGUGCUUCGGAAAUUCCAGGAAGCUUUCUGGCGAUUUUCAUUCUAUCUUACAUCCUCCAUUGCUGGAUUUAUAUUUCUGUAUGAUAAACCUUGGUUUUACGACAUAUGGCAGACGUGGGUUGGCUACCCAUUUCAGACUCUGCUGCCAUCCCAAUAUUGGUACUACAUGUCUGAGAUUAGUUUUUACUGGUCUCUCUUAUUUACACUUGGGAUUGACAACAAAAGGAAGGAUUUUCUGGCUCAUGUCGUUCAUCACUUGGCAGCCAUUGGGUUGAUGAGUGGCUCUUGGUGUGGCAAUUACGUGCGUCUUGGAACACUGGUGAUGUUUGUGCAUGAUACUGCAGAUUUCUGGCUUGAGGCAGCCAAAAUGUUUAACUACGCUCACUGGGAGAAAACCUGCAAUGUGCUCUUUAUCAUCUUUUCUAUCGCAUUCUUCAUCACAAGAAUCAUCCUGUUCCCCUUCUGGAUUCUUCGUGCCACACUGUAUCAGCCUACAUACUACUCCACAACUCCUGUCAUAGCAUAUUUUUUAUUCAAUGGGCAGCUAUUGAUCCUUCAAGGCUUACACUUGUAUUGGGGUUAUUUAAUUUUCAAGAUUUUGAGAAGGUUCAUUUGUUUAAAGGACUUGAAAGAUGAACGGAGCGAUGAAGAGGAGGAGGAUUCUGUAACAGAUAAUGAAGAGGAGUCCACAAAGAAUGGCAACAAGAACAGCUGUGGGUCAAGCAAACAUCUCCUAAACAGCAGUCACCAGUAGCCCCUUACUGCCUUGUCUCCUGCAGUGAUUUCUGCUCUGUUUUUAACUCAACCUACAGGACAGGAUUUAAGUCAAAAGGCUUGUGAGAGACUGUGAUUGAUUUAUUGUUGGCUACUGGACCUGGAAAAAUGCCCAGUUUAGAAGGGAGGGGAAAAUUGCAUAACAAGACAAAAUGUGUUAAUGGCCCAUUUUCUGAAUUGUUGCUAAGUGUUUGGAAAAUCAUUUGGACAAACUGACUGAUAGUGCUCAACAAGGUCAAAGCUCAGGAGCAUCCCAUUGAUUCCUAAUGUCUGUCAAUCUGCUAUAAGAUAUAUUUCACCAAACAGUUUAAUUCAUAGAUGUUUUGUGGGUUAAAUUAGUGAAAUUACCUACUUACCUAGGUAGGUAGGUAGCAUGAACUCCAUUAGGAACCAAAAUUACCCAAGGUGGGAAAAAUUUGACAGUGGUGUAUCGUGACUAGCAUUUUAGUCUUUAUUUUUCGUUUAAACCCUCAUCAGAAUGGCUAUUUUUUGAGUUAGAUUUCAUUUCCUGGAGGCCAGUGGGAGCUAACGUGGAGGAAUUCACAUUACUUGCCUGUGAAGAGCUGGCUUCACUGCAAAAAUAAAGUCUUUCUCCAAAAUAUGCUGUGUGAUAGGCAGCUCAGAUACUGUGUUCUUCUAAGAUUUACCUGUCAAAGAAGUCACUGUUUAAACAGCAAAACUCAGCCCUGCUUCUCCACUGAGCUCCGGGUUCACAAAUUACUUUCAUCUCAGUCAUUUUGGCCCACUGUUAGAACAGAAGGUGCAGCGGGGAGGGAAGACAGUCAAUGAAAAUUCGGUCUUCGCACAGGUUUUUUGCACUUCUUAUUUGUCUUCAAAACCGCUGAACACUCCCUGCUCCUGACCCAUCUACAGCCCAGAAGAUUAAAAAGAAAUCUCAUCCAUUCCCUUCCUGUGGGGAUUGAUGACUGUCUUCUCAGGAGUGAGUCUGAUAAAUUCUGUUUCAGGGUUCCUGUGUGUUCACUGCAUGUAUCUGGGCGUUGGGGGAGCAUGGAACUGGCAAGCGCUGUCACGUUGUCUGUGCUGCGUAUUCAUUUGAAAGCAGGAUCUGUGUUCCCAUCUCUGUUCUUUUUGAAAACCAGGAAUCACAUCGGCUAGAGCCAAAAUUGGAUGUAUGUGACUUAGGCCACGUACCAUUGUUUAUGCUGUAAGAAGUGGAGAAACAGUGGAUAUUUGAUCAGCUUCUCUUACCAAAAGUGCCUCUAUGCAAAGUUUGUUCUAAGGCUAUUGCAGAGUGCAGCAGUGGUUUUAGUCCUGGGACUUUCCAGGAGAGCCUGGGCCUUUUAAACAGGGUGGUACCAGUCUCAUUUCCAGAUGCAUUAGCUCACAAGGUCAUAAAUGAUUUGUGUAAUAAGUUUUAGAGGUCAGUGGCUUUCCAUGUGGUUCUACGGUAGCUGAGAUCAUCUGGUGAACUAAACCCAGUAGCUUGAUAGAGACCAGGGGGACCACUGCUUGAGCAGCCUUGGUGCAGAGCUUUGGGUUUGGAAAAGCUCUUUUCCCCUUAAGGCUGCUCAGGCAGGAACUUGGUGACCUACGGGAAGCACUGCAUGACUGACUUGUUUUCUCAAGAUUUCCGUGGCAAAGGGGGAUAUAAUUCAGUGACUGAAGCAUUUGAAAGAACGGGAAAUGUUUGGGAUCUCAGAUAUGAAGAAAGAAGUGUUUUCUGUGCAGUUACAAGAAACUUGAGGAGUGCUUUGUUACAGGGGCUGGUAGCAUGGAAAUCCCUAUGUAUGGUCUGUUGAACUAGGCUGUGUUUAACUUUUUACUUAUAUUUUGGACCACGUAAUACCCCAAACGUUUAUGUUUACCACAAAGAGAAUUAAGAAAGGAUCAUGGCCUACAGCUUCUGAAAAGGACGGGAGGUGCGCGGUAGUGGAAUGGAACCCCUGAACCAGAGCUUGUAGUUAACUUGUGCUGCUUGGGCUGAGCAGGCAGAAUUCCCUCCGUAGUUGUUGUAUAGCAGCGUGCUUCCUUACAUAGCUGUGGAGAAUACCUUAAAUACUGCGCUGUGGGUUUAUUGGAAGUGUAAGUACUUAUUACAUCAUCUAAAGCAACUGGUGAGUUUGGCAGGGUCACGGUUGUUUAUUGGGGCCUGUUUAUGACCUACAUGAAAAGAACUGGCCCUUCCUAACAAAAUGUAGAAACCCGACGUCUUGGAGGCUUUACACUCCCUUUGAGGGCAGUGGAGACAAUGAUGUUUUCUUCAAGACAUAACAGGGUUUUGGGAGAUGGCCAGAGUAUUAUCAUUUAAUUUUGGUGCCAGAAAGCUUUCCUGCUAUGACUAGGAAAGGAAUUCAGGAAAGGAAACACGAAGAAUGAUGUUGUCACAGGAGUGAGCCUCUGAACAACUACCGAGUUUUAAACUGGAAUUUAUAGUCUCGUUGAGGCCAAAUCCUGCCCUUCCUACUUGGACAAGUCUCCCACUGAAGCCAAUUAACUCUAUUGGAGUCCUGCCUAGGAAAAAUUUUGGACUGCAGUUAUCCAACCUAAUUACAAGACCUGUUGUUUUAAAUUGAUGUGAAACCAGGGUCUUACAGGAAGAGUAAAAGGUAGAUCAAGACGUUCAAACAUAGAAUAUUGAGGCAAAUUUUGGACAGGUACAGAAGAAUAUGGAUGAAAAUAACAUCCUGAAGGUGAAGAUUAAGUCUAAGCACAGUAAACAACCGAAUAACUACAUGACGUUGCAUAACUACAUAACUACAAUGAAUAACUACAUGAUGGAAGGCCCUUCCAGGGGAUGACUGUCAUGGCCAACCAAAGUGAUGAGACCUAAAAUUUCUGAACGCAAACCACUAGGCACUGGGGAUUAAUGCCCACAGCACAGAAAGAAGGGGAACAGACUGUUACAGUGGGACUGGACACGUGUCCUGUGUUAACAUCAGAUUUGUCGUUCCUGAAGGUACACACAUUUCAUUUGCCACUUUUUGCUGGUAGAAACCCAGAAACCAGAAGCUGAGGUCAUGGGGAACACAAUUCAUGCCAAAGCAUUUGAUGUCAUGGUGCUUCAAGAUUUUUCAGUCUAUUCAAUGCCCUUAACAUUUUUAAAAUCUUAUUGUGAAAAGAGUCUCAAAAUGCAAGUGCAGAACAAUUAUGCAUAUGGCACAGACAACAGGCUUUAAUACGUUAAUUUUACCAUUUCACAAAACGAGUCCUGGUUUAAUGAUUUGACACUGCGCAUCUGGCUUUGCUACGUCACUUUGACCAUGCCAAAAUAUUUAUGAUAGAAUUAGACGGAAAAUUAAAUUUUAGUCCGUUAGGUUCAGCAGAAGCUCUUCUGUUCCAUUAAAUUUCUCUGAAUUUUGUUCAGGUAUUCCUGUCCACAUAUACUGUGCUGGCUCUGUACUUGGUUACUACAUAGAUUUACCAGUCUACUCUGGAUUUGAUUCACAGAUCUCCUUUACUCCACAGAACUCAUGUUGUCAAUUUGUACUGUCGGGUACAAUUAUCUUUGCUUGUUCUUAAUGCCACUGAAUUUGUCUGGUCAGUUACGCUACACACUAAGUAAAUAUUUUUUAAAAACAGGUAUCUAUGUAAGGAUUUCCUUGUUUUCCCUGCCUUGCAGUGACCUCCUCUUGCCUUCCCAUUCCCUCUCAGCUUUCCAGUGAGGGCCCAUUCAGGAACUAAUUCCUUAACUCUGUCAAGUUUUUCCCUUCCCUGGAGAAGGCUGGAUGACCCACACCCUUCUUAAAGAAGUAACAGCGAUUGCUGUAAAUGAACUUGGUUUUUCCUGGGUAAUUCAUGAAUGGAGAGGAAGCAAAAUGAGUGGGUGCGCCAUCCAUCAUUGUAUUAUUCAAGACUUAUCCUUUGACUAAGGUACUUGAAAGUUGAACUACUGGAAAGUAGGAACUACUCGCUCUAGAAUGCUGACACAUUUUUUUGUCUGUACUCGGUUGGUUUUUGUUGUGCAUAUUAGGGCUGCUUCUGAAGUUAGGUGUAUUUGGGGAAUGACAGAAUAAUAUGCAAAUACAGAUAUAAUUAUUUUUUUCCCAGGAGUGCUUAUGUUUAUACAUAGACUGAGGGGCUAUUGCCCUGUUAGAUUUCCGUGGGAUUGCUACCUAAAUGGCUCAUCACUUGAGGCAACUCAGGCAUGGAUCUGAAGUUGGCAAAAGCAGGGAAGCUUUUCUAAAAACAAGGGAGCUGUGCUGAUUUGUGUCAGCUGAAAAGCUGUUCCAUAUUUCUUAUUCUUUCCAUUUCUGCCUCCCUAGUUGGGAAGAUCACAGAGGUUCUGACUUGCCAUCUAUUCCCAUAGGCAAACAAACACAAGGGAAGGUGUUUCAGCCCAAAUAAUGAACUGUAGAAGAAUACUUUGGUUUUAUUAUCUGAAUUCAUUUUUUUAAGCUUAUGAGUAAGAAUAAAGUAGAUGGAAAACAAAUUGAACAGGGAUAUGUGAGUUUUGGCUACAAACAACUUGCAAACUGUGAAGAUUUUUAAAAAAAUAAAAUCUUGCUGAUUUAGAAAGAAAAACACCAUCUCCACAGGCACUUCCCCCAGCUGUGGGUUUGAAGAACAACAGAUAACCAGCGGGCAGAAAUGAAAGUCCGUGCUGAGAAUUAAGAACGUAGCCUGGUUGUGAAAACGCCGAAGAGAGCUGGUUUGAUGGCUGUUAGCUGCCCGAGAGCUGGGCAGCCUUUCUGUACCAAGCAGCAGAUGAGCCAGGAACGUACCUCUGAGCUGAUUUCAUUGGUCAUGUUCAAAUUCACUGAAAAUGUCUGUUCCUUUUUUCCCGUCAGCUUUGUAGGCUCCCUUCUGCUCUGUCUGUGCCAUAUGGAGCCAGGGGUUUGUUUCUUGCCUAUAGAGUUUGAGCUUUGGCUGCCCAAGGUGUGGACCUUGAGGAGGUUAAUGCCUCUGACUCGUCACAGGUCGCACAGGACAUCUAUAUUCCCACUGAGAAUGUGAUUUCUGCUUAUGAAAUUUAUUAAAUCUAUCUGAUGCCCACAGCUUAGAGACUGAGAGUAACCAAUGUGUGUCAGAGAGCAAGGUGGCACCGUGAGUGACCAGCGUCAGAGAGAGGAAGCUGACGUCUCCUGCACAGAGCUUCAUGAGUAAGAAGAAGAAAAGUCAGCAGAGGGUUUGGCCAACUUGUCGCACAGGUUUUUCUUACAGAUGUAGGUGUGAAAAACUCAUUUAAAGGCUGUUUUCUCCAGCUUUUUAGUGGGGAGUGUUUUCUCUUACUCCGUCUUCAUAUUUCCGCAUGAAGCUACUUGGUUUAUAGAAGUUGCCAAAGUCAGAGCAGCCAUCGCUCACUUCUGAGAGCAGCCAGCACCGAAAGGUAGAGAGGUGGAUACCGAACCAACAGCCCAGGGUAAUCCCUCUCCCACUCCGGUACAAGGCAGAGGUAGGUUUGUACUCUGAAACAUGUUUUGGGGGAGGAGGGGUGUUAACCGUGAACAUUUUCAGCUCUAGAUGUUCUUGCUGCUCCUGCGCACAACAAUCAGCUGCUCAGUGCUGCAGGGGUUGGGCACACCUUGAGUGAGGAACUUACUUCAACCUUAGGUUCAUUUCUUUGAAUUCCCAUUGUCCAGCUCGUGUUUGGGUUUGGGUCACCUGCGUUGCUGCUUAAGGCUAAUUAGCAGAGAUUUCUCCGUGCCCUGUCUUUGCUCCAACCUGUAGUAGCAGCAGUGCUUGCAGGUACUCCUAAGGUAACUCACUUGCCUACUGAAGUGUAAGCUAUAUCACGCAUGAGAGGGGAAGCUUCACAAAGUACUGGGAUAUAAUGGGGGAGAGGGGAAAUAAGUGCCCAGAAAACUAGGACUCCUGCAGGAAAACCCCCAUGGUUUUAUUCUGUCCUGUCAUCCAUGUGUGUUAAGGUCUUAAGCAGCAGAGAGGAGGUAAAGCUCUGGCAUUGAUCCUUCGUCGAAGAAUGGGAUUCCCAGUUGAGGAUGCGGAGAUGAUCAAAGCAAUGUAAUCUUCACCCUAGCUGACUACAGAGAACUUGAAGUAGGGCUCUGAGAGUUUAUUUAACUAAAGUACCCUCUGUGGGAUUACUUGAAGUUCCUAGCUUAAUAGAAAACGAGGCUGAAAGCACAGGUCUAAGCUUCAACAUACAACUCUUCAAAUACAAAGUCAUAACAACCCAUGUAGGAUAAUGUUGUUGAUGUUCCAAUAGUCUGAAGAUUUAUGAAAAUAUCUUCUAUUUACUCAGCUGGAAAGGGCCCUGUUCUUCUGGAGUUUUGUUACCCCAUAAAGCAUUCAGAGGAGACCCCAUAAUCAUUUCAAAGUCAGAAACAUUAAGUGGAAUAACAAGUAUAAACCCUAUCCACAGUAACUUUGAAGUGCAAGAAGCAUGUCCUUGUAGCCAUAGAAUAUUACUCUCCUUUGAGCCAGGGUGGGAAGAAACAGCUCCCAGGCAGUUGUUUCAGGUGGUGAAAAGUCCAUACUUUUCCUACCACAAAAGAAGCUGGUCUAACUAAUAGAGUUGAGCAGUGAAACAGAUGAUUAGAUUUCCACUGAAAUUCCCAGGAGCAUUUCCCAUGGUGCUGAUGAGAACUGGAUCCAGACCUCAAGCGACCAGCUAAAGUGGUGAGGGCAGCCUGGCACUGCAUUCUCCAGCCACCAGGAGCAGGGCACAGCCCUGGGCAAAAUCCUCCCCAGGCAAGGAGAUCUGUCUGCAGGACACUCGCCUCAGCACAGCUCUGCCUUUGCCCCUGCCCAGGCUGGGCAUGUAUCUCCUGAAUGACAUCCCUGGGAAGGCAAUCCCUCCACUUUCAAGCCAGAAGCUUCGCUUUCAGCAAGCAGUCUGCUGCCUGUCCUUGGUGCUGUUCGAAACCUCAGCAAAGACUGGGAUGCUGAAGCCUGUGAUCCAAAGCCAAACUUACCAUGAAGAGGCAAACGGCGAGCUGUGGUUACCGCGACCACCUUCAUGUGUGAGUGUGUGAGAAGGCAGCUGAGCCAGAGGAGGAAAGGGAGCGGAGAGAAAAACUGGAGGAAAAUGGCUGGGGCAAC